AUGAUCCGUUGGUUGAUAUUAGCGUGUUUGGCUUGGCCCGGCGCAUUGGCUGCAUACAACCAAUCCACCGAGUUCCCCCAGGCCGAUAUCGACAGCGGGGCCGCCCUGAAGACACUGGCGGAUCAGGCGCUUGGGAAUAUCAAGCAGGAGUCGCGUAACCUGAACACCAGUACAUGCCGCUUCGAAACCGCCCAGGUGCGCAGAGAAUGGCGUGACCUAUCGCUGGACUCGCGAAAAGAGUUCACCGAUGCCGUUCAAUGCUUGCAGAACCGGCCUACCAAUAUCUCUGCAGAGGCGAAGAAAACCUUCCCAGGCGUCCAAACUCGAUAUGAUGAGUUUGUGGCAACCCACAUCAACCUGACUGAGUAUAUUCAUGUUAAUGCCGACUUCCUCGCCUGGCACCGUUACUUUAUCUAUACAUUUGAAAAGGCGCUCAGGGAGGAAUGCAACUACUCCAGCACCCUCCCAUACUGGGAGUGGGGAUAUGAUGCCGAAAAGCCCCAGGACUCAGUCCUCUUCAACGGGGAUGCCUACAGUAUGGGGUCCAACGGAGAGGCCUGGAACCGGACGACUAUCUUCUGGGCAAGUCAGAACAUGACCAUCCCGGCCGGGACGGGGGGUGGCUGCGUAUCUGCGGGCCCCUUCGCCAACCUUACUGUGAACAUGGGUCCCAUCAAUGCACCUGGCGAGCAGCCAGUCGACUACAAAUUGGAAUACAAUCCGCGCUGCUUGCAACGGGAUGUGAACCCGACUGUGUCAGGGACGUCGGUAGCAUUCCGCAACUCCACUGAACUGAUCCUCUCAUACGAGACAAUCGACUGGUUUCAAGGCGUUAUGCAGGCAGACAAGCGAUUUACAGACCCUGAUGCGCCUCGCUCAUUCGGGGUGCAUGGAGGAGGCCACCUCACGGUUGGAGGCGUCCUAGCAGAUAUCGACACCAGCCCUGCGGAGCCGAUGUUCUGGAUUCAUCACGCGCAGAUUGAUCGCAUCUGGACAAUUUGGCAGGGCCUCGAUCCGGCCAAGCGGCGGAAUGCCAUCUGGGGUACCCACACCCGAGCCGAUAUGCCCCCCUCGGCGAACAUGACAUUAGACGAAAUGCUUGACUUUGGGUUCAUCUCCACGCCUCGCGAAUUUGCGACAUUAAUGAAUCCCCUAGCCGGACCUUUCUGCUACUACUACGAAUAGCCAGUUG